AUGUCGACUAGCCCAUUUCCGUAUACAUGCGAACUAUGUGGAGCGGAAGGUUUAACGGACGAAGGUAUGCGCACUCAUACCCUCGAAGCCCACGUGGCUGGCCGCCCAGAUUGCCCUUUCUGCGACUGUACCGUUCCGCAAACUCAGCUUGUUGGCCAUGUACAAAGAGCUCAUCUUCAUUACUUGACACCGGAAAGGGAACUGAUGGCGUUUAUUGAUGAUCAAAGUCCUGGUUACGAUGAAGACUCAAAAAUGACUACGACAGAUAGUUGUAGUUACAAUACACCAGGAUCCAUUAACGGAUGGCAUAGCCCUGAUAUGUCAUCAACAUCAUUUCAUAAUGGCGCCAUAUCAAAAAACAUAAACUAUCUUAACGGUUACCAGGACAAGGAUAACUACCAUAAAAGUGAAAGAGACGAAAAUAGGUGCUCACGUUCACCUAAAAAUAUUAAUCUGUGUAAUGGACUGAAGAACAUUAAUAUAAGUAAUGGGUGCCUGUUAUGUGAUUUCACUUCAACAUGUCCGAGAAAAUUAGAGGAACACAUUAAUAGGGCUCAUUUUGACCUCACGUCUCCCUCUGUUCUUUCAAAUGCAAACGCUAAUGCUAAUAUUACUGAAAACAUCACCCUGGGACUAAACAACGCCACACUGACCUUAGACAAUCCAACUUUAGCUUUAAGUGCUAUGGCCAUGUCUCCGGGUCCUCAUUCAUCCUCAUUUCAAUGUCCGAUAUGUGAAAGAGAGUUUACCAGUGGUCCGGAAGUGGAAGUGCAUGUCAAUGUUGAGCACAGGGAUAUAUUAAGCCCACAGAAAUCAGAUCAAUUAGACAAUGCAUCAUGUGAUGAUGUGGUUAUGAUGGAAGAGAGCCCUGUCAGUAAUUGUCCAGUUUGCUGCCAACCAUUACCACUGUCGGAACAUGAAUUGAUUCAGCACAUUGAGGAACAUUUUGAGAAAGGGGAAGAUGGUGGUGCAAAUACCUUAACAGCUGCUGAAAGAGAAGCUCAGAGGAAUAGAGAGGAACAUGAGUUUCAGCUGUUGAGGGCUCAAUAUGGCAUGGAGGAAGAGGAUGAGGAGGGCUACACAAACCGGGCCACCAAUAGCUUGAAGCGAGCUGUGUACAGCGGCGCCCUAUCUGUGGCCGGGUACUACGAACGUAGCGUCGGUCUUCGGCGGGCCACUGCCACUGGCAAGGAUACUGGUUCCUCUAGGACUAAUGGAAUCCUUGAAAGGAUUGCUCAAUUAAAUGCUCAGAAUCCAAGUAUUGUGAAGACUUACCUCUGUAGUGCAGUGGAUCAUUAUGCCAGCACAUAUGGGGACAGGGGUUGGGGUUGUGGUUAUAGGAACAUGCAAAUGCUGCUAUCAUCGCUAAUAAAGCAUCCGCAGUACGCUCGGCUGCUCGGUGGCGCGGUGGACCGCGACUGUGAGUGCGUGCCUUCAAUACCCCGGCUGCAGCUUUUGGUUGAACGCGCUUGGCAACUUGGAUUUGAUACACAGGGUUCAGAGCAACUGGGUUGCAAGCUUCAUAACACCCGCAAAUGGAUUGGGGCAUGCGAAGUCGUCACCGUUCUCUCAUCACUCAGGAUAAAAUGUCAGCUGAUAGAUUUCCACAAGCCAACAAGUCCAGACGGCAGCCACCCAGCACUGUUUGACUGGGUGUUGCGAUAUUUCCAAGAGGAUUCAAAUGCCUUCAAGCCCCCUCUUUAUCUUCAGCAUCAGGGUCAUUCUAGAACAAUUAUAGGAUACGAAAAGCACAAAGACGGCAAAGCGACCUUACUAGUCUUAGAUCCAUCACAUUCACCAGCUCAAGUGCGUGCGGUUGUUUGCGGCGGUUUAGCCAGUGGAGCAGCGCUGCGUUUAUUGCGCCGCGGUGCGUCCGCCCUGCGUGCGCGACAGUACCAGCUGCUGUGCGUCACCGGCCUGCUCACCUCCGACAGCGAGUACGAGGUACGUGCACAGUGCACAGUACCAGCUGCUGUGCGUCACCCACCUGCUCACCUCCGACAGCAAGUAUGA